AUGGCGGUACUGUCCCACCCCAAAGGAUCUCCUCUCAGCAUUGCACCUGCACCGUUAGAAGCCAAGUUCAACCGCUUCGUCGGCAGCAUACUCACCGCUCGUGAUCAGGUCUACGAGCGACUUCGGCAACUGGAAGAAGCCUGCGCCCGAGAGCCAUACUGCAUCAAUCCAGUAGAUGUUCGAGCCAGAUUACCAGAACAUGUCCUGAAGCUCGUCGUCAAUGCCCUACCCAACGACCUCUUGUCUCUUCCAGUAGGAGACGUCAGCAUACCCAAGCUCAGGAAAGCUGCCUCCGUGUGGGAUAUUGAUCCGAAGCGCUUCUUAUUCUCUAUAGCCUACGACCUUCAGAAACAGGGCGGUACCUUCUUCCGACAGUUGCAGCCUCUCGUCGAUCUCUCCUCCGAUUGGGACCAGUGUCUUGUGCUACUGCUCGACUGUGCCAAGGUCCGACGCUCGGAACGCCGCCCAGGACGAAGAGGGAUUGGUAUCACACUGAGCGAUAUCAAGACCUCCAUCCAACGUCUGGAGGCACAGCGUGUCACGAGAGCCACUCAAGAAUCUUCCUCAGACGACAAAGAGGAAGAGGAAGAUAAGACCAGCGAGACGGGCCUUGAACCUGACGACGAGAACACUACCCAAUCUCCAGACAAGUCGUCAGCCGAGGGCCAGACCACAGAGAUCACCUCGCCCACGAAAGGCAGCAACGGAAACUUGGACAAGGACACCGCAGGUACCUUUUCUCCAACAGAAGACUUCGAAUCAACAGAAGUGGGCAGAGGCGACCCAACCACAAGCUUUUCCAGGCACAGUCUUGACGGCGAAGAAAGCGACGCGGACCCUAGUGGCGGCAGCUCCAGGUACGACUACGACCAAGGCGACGAAUUUGCUCCGGCCUACGGUGGAAACGACUUUUUCAUAGAAGACGACGGCGGUGACGACUCUGUUGGUCUCGACGACAGUCUCAGUGGCGACGACGUUCUUCACGCUUCUCGUUCGGAAGGAGACGUUAGUGAAGAAGCCGGCUCCAACAUUUUGGCUGAAAAGCGAAUUUCCAACGGCAUCUUCGUCCAAAACUGCCAAGGAGACGCCUUAGUCGCUCGCCUUCCUCUUUUCCUCCAUUUGAGAGCUGACAACUCCUUCACCUUCAGCACCAAAGCUGACAUCGUCAACAACUGCAGUCGUGGCGACAUGACUAUGCUCAUGGAGAUGUGUGCGGAUGGACGUCGCGGCGGAAAUUCGAUCAUGGCGGGUUCAGGCAUUGAAACGUUGCUGGACACGACAGCCGCAGUCGAAGCUGUGUGGAUCAAUGCUUCGCUGGGAAGGAUUUGCGACGGUCUGGGUCCGCGAUUCACCAAUCUGGACAGCAAGGAAACGGCCAAGGUCGUUGACGAGGACUACCAGCCGAAGGCACACGUCGUUGAGACCAUCGGUGACGCCGACAUCCUACUUCUACCUAUCCUCCUCGACGGAAACCACUGGGUUCUCUGCGCAGUUGACCGGGCUUUAGACGACGCCACGACCGUCGACAUUUUCGAUUCAAUGGCAUCAACCGGGCAUACAGAGCAAACUCAGAAGAUCGUGGACGCCUUCUUCGCCGUUUAUCUACCCAGCUUGAUACCAGGUCUACAAGUCCAGCAAUGCGCAUGCACACAGAAGCAGAAUGCUGCCGACUCCGGCAUACACACAAUACUGUUCGCUAUCUCAGCGGUCCUGAAGAGGCCUCUCCCAACGACCCUCCAUGUUGGGCUAUGGCGUCAGAUUCUCGCGGCCUGCUUGGGCGGGAGUACGGAGGGCUGGGAUUCCUUACUCUCGUGGGACCCUCAUGCCCCGUGGGAAAACAGUAUGAAGCUCACGAACGAUGUCUGGAUUGGCGGAGACAUGAGCACCGGAGAAUUGGACCCAGUCGUCUUGGCCACCAAACUGCGGGAGUAG